AACAACAACUAAAUUGAUUGUGAUGGGCCAUUUUUCAAAAGCAACAUACCCUACAAGCGUUCUUAAUCCAAAAUAUAACAGUAUCUUCUUACAAGAAGAGGAUUAAUGAAGACAUUAAGAUCAACAACUAUUAUAAUGCUAGAACACAUAUAUAGUUUCUUACUAAUGCCCAAGGCUCAAGAAAUGAUUUAGAGUGACUAUAUUAUAUCACCUUAAUAGAACAGAUAAUAAAUGCUUUGUAGUAAACGUGGAGAUGAAACUGAUUUUCCAUAAGAUAAGCAAGAGUUAUGAAAGUUCUUUGAAAUAAAUUAUGCGAAAUGUAACAGUGGUGGUAAUAAAAAAAAUUGAGGAAAAAUGUAAAUCUGUUAGUUUUUUUUAACACAAAAAUCUGUUAGUUUUAGAUUCAAGUUCUGCCAGAAAUAAUUGUUACUUGUUUGACCAGACGAAGAUAAAGCCACAUUUUACAUUAUAAAUGUUUGGAACCGAACUAAUCACUGGUACUAUCUCCGUUAAGGGAUUAGUUGGGUUUCGGCCAAAUACCUUUUAGACUAAGCAAAAAAAAAAUGUAAUGGUAGACUUAGUUAUCGUAGGUAUAUAUUUAAAUACACUCUGUUCGUUCUUUUUUUCUUCUCUUUGCUAACUCUCUGGUUAGUGUGUUUUGACGUCUCUUUUAUUUAUUUUUGACGUGAUAACAUGGAUUAAGGAGCAUUGGAAGUUAGAUGUAACUUAUACUGUUUCUUAUGAUGAAAAUAUAUACAAACAUGUACCCACAUUAUUAUAAUUUUCAAUGUUUUUUUGUAAAAUACGUGUGUUUUUUUUAGCAAAAAAAAAACGCGUGUUUUCCUGGCAUUUUUGUUUCAGGUUGAAUUUAGCUAGAUAUACGAAGAAUGAAACCCCAUAUACAUAUUUUUAAAAAAAAUAUUUCGAUUAAUUUAUAUAAUAUCUUUUUCUGUAGGUCCCAUAAUUAUAAUAAUUCAAUUUAAUUUGCCUUAAAAAAAUAUAUUUUGUAUCUCCCAUUUAUUAUUGCGCGCACUCGUCGCAGAAACAGAGAUUCCUAGCUGUCUAAACUGAAAAAUAAGAUCGCAUUAACUCAAAAGCUCUCACACAAAGACAAAGAUCUUCUUCUCUCUCUCUCUCUCUCGGCUGAAAGGUAGUAACAAUGGAGAACCCUCCAGAUCAAACAGAGUCAAAGGAGAUGAUGCUUCAACCCAGAAUCACAAGACCAAAGGGUGGACUUCUCACUAUGCCCUUCAUCAUUGCAAACGAGGGGUUCGAGAAAGUGGCGAGCUAUGGAUUGUUACAGAACAUGAUUCUUUAUCUGAUGAGUGAUUACGGAUUAGGACUUGUGAAAGGACAAAACGUGUUGUUCAUGUGGGUCGCUGCUACUAACUUCAUGCCUCUCGUUGGAGCUUUUCUCUCAGAUUCUUAUUUGGGUCGCUUUCUCACCAUCUCCAUUGCCUCUCUCUCCAGUUUCCUGGGGAUGAUGGUUCUAUGGCUAACGGCGAUGUUACCACAAGUGAAGCCAUCACCGUGUGUAGCAUCUACCGUAACCAAGUGCAGUUCUACGGAAGCGACAUCUUCUCAGUUGGCUCUUUUGUAUUUCGCGUUUGCACUUAUAUCGAUUGGAUCUGGUGGAAUCAGGCCGUGUUCUCUAGCCUUUGGUGCUGAUCAAUUAGACAACAAAGAGAAUCCCAAGAACGAGAGGGUUCUUGAGAGUUUCUUUGGUUGGUACUACGCUUCUUCAUCGGUUGCUGUCUUGAUCGCUUUCACUGUCAUUGUUUACAUUCAAGAUCACUUGGGAUGGCGAAUAGGGUUUGGAGUCCCAGCGAUUCUCAUGCUACUGGCGAGUAUCGUGUUUGUUUUCGCGUCUCCUCUCUAUGUUAAACGCAAAGCGACCAAGAGUCUGUUCACUGGUUUAGCUCAAGUGGCUGUUGCUGCUUACGUGAACAGGAACUUAGUAUUACCGGUUCAUAAUGACUCUUAUGGCUGUUAUUACCACCUGAACGAUUCUGAACUUAAAGCUCCAAGUGACAAAUUGAGGUUUCUGAAUAAAGCUUGUGUCAUAAGAAACCGUGAGGAAGACAUUGGUGCUGAUGGUUUGGCCUUAAACCCAUGGAGGCUCUGUACAACGGACCAAGUUGAGGAACUCAAGGCUUUGGUCAAGGUGAUACCGGUAUGGUCCACGGGGAUAAUGAUGUCUAUAAACGUGAGCCAGAACUCGUUUCAGUUGCUUCAAGCUAACUCAAUGGAUAGACGUUUGAGCGACCAUUCAACCUUCAAAAUCCCACCUGGAUCUUUUGGCAUGUUCACAAUCAUAGCCCUAAUAGCAUGGGUGGUUCUCUACGACCGUGCAAUCCUCCCAUUAGCUUCCAAGAUCCGAGGCAAACCGGUUAGAAUCAAUGUCAAGAUCAGAAUGGGGUUAGGUCUAUUCAUAUCCUUCCUAGCAAUGGCGGUUUCCGCAACUGUCGAGCAUUACAGAAGAAGAACCGCAAUAAGCCAAGGACUUGCAAACAACGCAACCGCGACAGUGAACAUCUCAGCGAUGUGGCUCGUACCGCAGUAUGGGCUUCACGGUUUGGCAGAGGCCUUAACCGGGAUAGGACAGACGGAAUUUUUCUAUACCGAGUUUCCUAAAAGCAUGUCUAGCAUUGCGGCUGCCUUGUUUGGUCUAGGAAUGGCAGUGGCUAAUAUAUUGGCUAGUGUGAUCCUCAAUGUGGUCAAGAAUAGCUCAAAGAAGGGUGGAGAGAGCUGGAUUGAAGAUAAUAUCAACAAGGGUCAUUAUGAUUAUUACUAUUGGGUGUUAGCCAUCUUGAGCUUCGUUAAUGUCAUUUAUUACAUAGUGUGUAGCUGGUCGUAUGGUCCCACGAUGGACCAGUUGAGGAAUGAUAAGGUUAAUGGUGUGAGAGGAGAAGAACAAGAAGAAGCUGUUAAAUUAAACUAAAGAUUCAUGGUGUGUGUUAUAUAAUCUAAUAUAUUUGUAUGCAUGUAAUUAUAAUUAUUAUAUAUAUUUGGAUUUGGAUUUAGGAAGUAGAGGAUUAUAUUAGUAGGUGUGUUUAUUAUUCCUUAGAGAAGCCACUACUGGUGUGUAUGAGAUAACUCGAUUAAAGAGAAUCAAAAUUUUCAAAA